CGAUCCUGUCACUAUGAAUAAUGGAAUGUGCUGAGGGCAACUCCUUUCCCCGGCUUUCUCCCUGGGUCACAUGAUGCGGUGGCAGUAAUUUUUCAUGAGCCCCCUCCUCCUCCCGCUGUCCGUCCCCAGGACCCAGGGGAGAGGAGGCGCCGUCGGCCGCGUCUGGGCCCUGCCUCCGCCCGAGGAGCCGGGCCCUCCCAGAGUUGCGGCCAGACGCGUCACCCUACACCUCGCAGACGGCGAGGAAACACUUAAACCGCACACACACACACAGAUGGAUGAAUAAAAGAUGCCCACAAAAGAGAAAAAAGUGCCCAGUUUGGAGGAAACCGAAGAGCCAGGUGACGAUAUGAAAGAGAAGGAGACGAAGACGAAAGGAAAGAGCAAGACAGUCACCUACACCUCGGACGAAGAGACAGACAGGGGCACGAGCCACUCGGAGAAGGCGGAGAAGAAGAAAAAGAAGGGCGAGGGCGAGGAAAAGAAGAAAAAAGCAAAGAAAAAGAAAAAAGAGGAGGAGGAUGAAGGGGAAGACGUAGUGAUUGAGGAUGAGGAGAACAACAACAACAAUGAGCCCAAGCGAAAAGAAAAGAAGAAGGACAAAAGUGCCAAGCAGGAUGAGGGGAAUGAGGGAGUGAAAGAAGAGAAAAAGAGAAAGAAGAAAAGCUCGGGGACAGAGGAAAAAGAAGGGGAGAAAAUGGCCACGAAGGAGAAAAAGAAAAAGAAGAAGAAGGCCUCAGAGGAUGAGCCCGCCGAGGAAGAGGAGGAAGAGGAGGAGGAGGGGGGCAAGAAGAAGAAGAAGGGCAAGAAAGGAAAGAAGGGAUCAGACAGUGAUGAGGACAAGAAGGGGAAGAAGGGGAAAAAAAACAAAGUGAAACUACCAGAUUAUGCGGAAACCUUCCCGAAUGAGCUGCUCAACUACCAAACGGAGUCGUCAGAUGACUACGAGGAUGAGUUCUACCGCAAGAAAGUGUAUGAGGUGUCGACAGUGACAGGUGAUGUAAAAGGAGCAGGGACUGAUGCUAAUGUGUUUGUCACCCUCUUUGGUGAAUAUGGCGUCACUCCCAAAGUUCACCUGGCCUGCAAAACUAGAACGGCAUUCGAGAAAAAUAAAACAGAUGUAUUCCGAAUAAAGACACACAAUGUGGGGGUUAUACAGAAACUAAGAAUUGAGCAUGAUAACACAGGUAUGAACGCUGGCUGGUUCCUGGACCGAGUGGUGCUGACGGACUUGAGCAGACCUCACCUGCGCCUCUUCUUCGCCUGUAGUAAGUGGCUGAGCAGGGAUGAUGGAGAUUACCUGAUCUACAGGGAUCUGCUGGGCACUUUCAACCCUAUGGAUGUGCCCAAACUGAACAAAUACUUGGUAAGUGUGUUUACGGCAGACGUCAAGGGCAGUGGAACAGAUGCCGAUGUGUUCCUCAACAUCUUUGGAGAGAAAGGAGACACAGGUGAACGUAGGCUGGACAGUAAGGAUAAAGAUAACUUUGAGCGGGCAGCUGAAGACAAGUUUGUCGUUGAGGCUCCAAAUCUGGGCCGUAUGAAGAAGAUUACAAUUGGACAUAACAACAAGGGGGGGUCAGCAGAUUGGUGCCUUGAUAAGGUGGUGAUAGACGACAUAGGAAAUAAACAGUUGUAUGAGUUUGUAUACGACAAUUCCUGGUUCGACCUUGCUGAGGGCGACGGCAAGAUACAGAGGGAUGCACUGGUGGGAGCAACUGGUUUGGUUACAGGGGUCACCUAUAACGUGCAGGUGAUGACGGGCGAUGUACGCGGGGCGGGCACCAACUCUAAGAUCCACCUGGUGAUGUACGGGAAAAAGGGAGUGAUAAAUAGCGGCAGGGUGUUCCUGGAAGGGGGCACGUUUGAGCGCGCUCAGAUCGACAUCUUCAACGUGGAGAUCUGCACGCUGCUCAGUCCUCUCAGCAGGGUCACCAUCGGGCACGACAACGUCGGGGUCAGCUGCGGCUGGUACUGCGAAAAGGUGACAGUGUACUGCCCCUUCACUGGGAUAGAGCAGGUCUUUCCUUGCAGUAGAUGGUUUGAUGAGGAUGAUGGGGAUGGUAUGGUGACGAGAGAGCUCCAUGAGAUGGUCUCACUCAGGAAAAAGAAAAUGAAGAAGUAUCCAUGGUCGCUGUGGAUCUACACGUCAGAUAUUAAGGGGGCGGGCACAGAUGCCCAGGUGUUCGUGCAGCUCUACGGUGAGAAGGGCAAGAGUGACGAGUUCAAAACGGAGAACAAGUCAGACAGCUUUGAAACGGCACAAAUCGACAAGUUCAUGGUGGAGAUGCCGGAGAUCGGACGUGUGCGAAAGCUCCGCAUUUGGCAUGAAAAGAGAAACCCCUUCUCAGGCUGGCACCUCAACAGGGUGACAGUGAUGAACACACUAACUAAAGACAGGUACAAGUUCGCCUGCGGCCGCUGGCUGGACAUCAAUGAAGACGAUCAGGAAAUUAUCAGAGAGCUGCCAGCAACAGGCCCCCUUGUUCCAGAGCCACUGCCACUCAUUAAGUACAAGCUGACGGUCGUCACUGGGAACGUGAACGGGAGCGGGACAGACGCCAGUGUGUACCUGACUCUGAUUGGAGACCUGGGUGACACAGGGGAGAGACUCUUGUUCCAGAGCCUGAACAACGUCAAUAAGUUUGAAAAAGGCAAUGCGGACGAGUUUGUGAUUGAAGCGGUGACGCUAGGCCAGCUGCGGCGGCUCCGGAUUGGCCACGACGGGAGGGGCGGAGGCUGCGGUUGGUUUUUGGAUAAAGUAAUGGUCCGAGAGGAUGGCCAACCAGAGGCGUCCGCUGUGGAGUUCCCAUGUUACAGAUGGUUAGAUCGAAAUGAAGAUGAUGGACACAUUGUGAGAGAGCUGCUCCCCACAGCAGAUGGCCCAGCGUCUAUAUACCUCUCACCACCAACUGUUCUUAUAAUGACCUCCACUGCCAUGGUGAAAGCCAACGACAUGAGUUACCACAUGUCCAUCAGGACAGGCAGUAUAAGUGGAGCCAGCUCGGACUCAAGGGUGUUUGUGAAGCUCUAUGGAGAAAAGGGAGACACGAAUAAAGUUCUGCAGCUGGUGUCUGAUAACGACCUGGGGAACUACUUUGAGACGGGACAGGUGGACAUCUUCACGUUGGAGACGUAUGACAUCGGCCAGAUAAGCCGCAUCCUGAUAGGCCACUCUAACGAGGGCCUGAAGGCUGGCUGGUUUCUUGACAGCGUGCUGCUCAGUGUUCCAGUGCACGGCUUGCAGUACAUGUUCCCAGCUCACAGGUGGCUUUGCAGAGACGAGGCAGAUGGCAAGGUGGAGAUGGAGAUCUAUCCCAGUGAGGUCGUUGAAAUCGAGAAAUUGAUCAACUAUGAGGUGACAGUUGUGACGGGGGAUGUGUUUGCUGCCGGCACCAAUGCACGCGUGUUUAUGCAGAUCUACGGCCUUGAGGGCAAAACAGAACUGCUCAGACUUGAGAACAGGUCAAACAAUUUUGAGAGAGGAACUACAGAGAUAUUUAAGAUCGAGGCUCUGGAUGUGGGGCGGGUCUUUAAGGUCCGCAUUGGGCAUGAUGGCUCGGGCGUGGCCGACGGCUGGUUCCUGGACACCGUCUACGUCAAGCGGCUCAUCAUGGCGCUAUUGCCAAAGGAGGAGAAGAAGGAGGACAAGAAGGAGGAGAAGAAGGAGGACAAGAAGGACAAGAAAAAGAAGAAGAAAAAGAAGGGAGAGGAAGUAGAGGAGGUUGUGAUGGAAUGGAGGGAUGUGGUGCAGACCUUCACCUUCACGUGCGGACGCUGGCUCGCUCGAGACGAGAACGAUGGAGAGAUCGUGCUGGAGCUAAGGGCAGACGACUACGACGAGCUUGAGGGUAUGACGAUAGAGAGAGAUUAUGUUAAUGUGCACUUGUGUGUGUGUGUUUGUGUCUAUGCAGAUAAUUCAUAUGAAGUGCAUGUGUUUACCGGGGAUUCAUGGGGUGCAGGGACCGAUGCCAAAGUUUUUGUCAACAUCUACGGGGAGAGUGCAGACACAGGAGAGAGACACCUGCGCAAGUCCUUUAACCUCAACAAGUUUGAGCGUAACCAGGAGGACGUGUUUACGGUCUAUGCACUUGACCUCGGGCCACUGAAGAAGCUGCGCAUUCGCCAUGACAACAGCAACGCAAAUGCUGCCUGGUUCCUGGAUCGUGUUGAGAUCAUUGAUGCAAAGGAUGAGACAACGUACUACUUCCCCUGCAUGAGGUGGUUGGCUGUAGAUGAGGAUGACGGGCAGAUUGCCCGUGAGCUGGUGCCAGUGGACAAGGCCUUUAUGCACAGAGAGGAAGAGGAGGAGGAAGACGAGGAGGGAGGGGCGCCCUCUUCAGCCACUCUGGGCCUCGAGCAAAAAGGUCCGACACACACACACACACUGGGAGUAAAGACAGGUGAUAAAAAGUAUGCUGGGACUGAUGCUAAUGUCUACGCCAUCAUGUAUGGCACCAAAGAUGACACAGGUGAAAACCAUAUUUUUGCCUCAAAGAACCAUAAAAUAAGUUUGAGGCGGUGGAUGAUUGAUGAGUUUACAGUGGAGGCCGUGGUCGGUAAACUUAAGCGGCUGCGUAUUGGUCAUGACAACUCAGGUGGAUCUCCAGGCUGGUUUCUGGACUGGGGGAUUGAUGCUCCAUCGCUGGGCGAGCUCCUGGUCUUCCCCUGUGUGUGGCUGGACCGCAGAGAGGAGGACGGAGCCAUCGAGCGAGACCUCAACCCAGCCCACCUGCAGACACAACAAUACACACCCUAUGUUCCAUAUGAGAUUAAGGUUUUCACCACUGACUCUUUGCCGGCGGGGACGGAUGCAGAUGUGUUUAUUGUUCUGUAUGGUUGUAAUGGUGUGUGCACCCACCAGAAGGCUCUAUGUGUCAACAAGAGAGAGAGGAAAAUGUACUUCAAAAGAGGUGGAGAGGACAUGUUCAUUGUAGAGCUGGAGGAUAUCGGUGAUAUUAUAGAGAAGAUUCGCGUUGGUCAUGACAACCGUGGAGUGAAUCCAGGCUGGCACCUGGACCGCAUUGAGAUCAGAAGAUUACUGAGGAAGGGAAAGGGUUCAGAGACAUUAAUAUUUCCAUGUGAGAGAUGGCUGGCCACCUCAGAAGAUGACGGGGAGACGGUUCGUGAGUUGGUGCCCUCUGACAUCAUCACAGAGAAACUCGCACGAGAUGGAACCCUCAGAGUCUCAGAGAUUGAGGUGGACGAUGCUCUAGAGACUCACGAAUAUAAAGUGAUCGUGAGAACAGGGGAGAUGUAUGGGGCAGGGACGGAUGCCAAUGUGUUCCUCACCAUCUAUGGAGAUCUGGGGGACACGGGGGAGCGCAAACUCAGCCAAUCAGCGACUAACAGCAACAAGUUCGAGAGAGGAGCGGUGGAUGAGUUUACCUUAGAGGCUGUAGACCUUGGACAGGUGUUUAAGAUCCGCAUUCGCCAUGACAACAGCUUGCUGAGUCCUGACUGGUACUUGGAGGACCUGGAAGUGAUCGACUUGGAAACGGAGGAGGACUUCCUCUUCGUGUGUGAACGCUGGCUGUCCAGAAAGAGAGAGGACAUGAGAUGCUGCAGAGUGAUCUAUGAAAAGAGUUAUGAGGGUUCCAGGGAUAACAGUGGCAAAGGGGGACUGGACAGCAACAUGAACCAGAGGGACAAAGACAGCAGAGACGAGGAAGACAAUUCAUUGAUCCCUUACCACUUCACCGUGACGACCAGUGAUGAGCCUGACGCAGGGACCACCAGCCGUGCGUACGUCAUCAUCCAUGGACGAGAGGAAGCCACAGAGCGAAUGUGGCUGGACCUGCCCGAAGAAAAAAGCGGGUUCUUGCCUGAAGCUCUGGACAGCUUUCAUUGCCAUGGCAGUGAUGUGGGAGACAUCAAGAGAGUGGAGCUGGGUCACGAUGGAGAAACUCCCGAGAGCUGCUGGCUGGUGCAUGAGUUGUCAGUUGCCGUGCCAACGAAAGGGGUGAAGUUUGUAUUCCGCUGUAAGUGCUGGUUGGCCAAAGACCGUGGUGACGGUCUCACUACUCGUGUGCUCAACGUCAUGGAUGCUGAUGUCAUCACCAUUACACUGAAGGUCAUCUAUGAGAUAACCGUGGUGACAGGUGAUGUACAGAACGCAGGAACAGACACACACAUUUACUUGACUGUGUUUGGGGCCAAUGGAAGUUCUGAUGAGAAACUGCUGCCAAAGAACGAGGACAGAUUCGAGCGGGGACAGGUGGACACGUUCACUCUCGAGGUUGAAGACAUCGCUCCACUGAAAAAGAUGAGGGUCCGAGUGGAUGGCUCUGGCAGCCGGCCCGACUGGUUCCUGGAGAAGAUUGCCCUGCGUAACUUGCAAAAUGACGAGGUGGCAGAGUUCACAUAUUCUGAGUGGUUUUCAACCACCCUGGGCUCCAAGAAAAAGCUGAGCUGUGAGAUGCCUGCUGUCAUAGACGAGGAAGAAAUGGUGGACCUGACCAACUACAUCAUAAAUGUCAAGACAGGCGACAAGAUGGGCGCGGGGACAGAUGCCAAUAUAUGGCUAAUAGUGUUUGGUGAGUUCGGAGACACAGGAACUCUGGCACUCAAACACUCCAACAACAACAACAAGUUUGAACGCAAAACGAUGGACACCUUCAACUUCCCAGACAAGCUCAGCUUGGGAGACCUCUCCAAAAUCCGGUUAUGGCAUGACAACGCAGGCCCAGCUCCUGGCUGGUAUGUUGACUACGUGGAUGUGCGAGAUGACGUCCUUGAUAAAACAUUCCGUUUUCCGUGCAACCGGUGGCUUGCCAAGAAAGAGGAUGACGGACAGCUGAUCCGAGAGCUGGGCUGUGCCAACAACGACAUUCUUGACCUCAAUGAGAAAACCAAAUAUGAAAUCGUCACGGUGACCGCAGAUACAGAUGAGGCAGAGACGCGUGAGAAUGUGUGGAUGAUCCUGGAGGGAAGAAAGGGACGAUCCAAAGAGCUUGUUCUAGAAAAUUCAGCAAAGAAAAAGCGUUUCUUACGUGGCAGCACAGACAGGUUUGAGUUCUCCUCUAAGAAUGUGGGUGACAUCGCGGGUAUCUGUGUCGGCCACAUUCCUAAAGAUGGGAAGAAGUCAAAAACUGAAGCCUUCUGGCACGUGUUGGAAGUCAUCAUCACAGAGAAGGAGUUGAAAAACAAGUAUAUAUUCAACUGUAACGGUCAGAUUCCCCUCUCCUCCAAACGUGACGACCCUUUGACAUUCGAGUGCGCCAAGAUUGUGGAGAGCUUUGCCUCGAAAGCCCGCAGCCUCAUCCCAGUCAGGUACGAGAUCAUUGUGAUGACAGCCGACGAGAAGGAGGCGGGCACGGACGCCAACGUCUUCAUCACGCUCUUCGGCUCCAACGGGGACUCGGGCCGCCGGGCCCUCCGACAGCGCAUGCGGAACCUCUUCGAGCGCGGCCGGACCGAGCACUUCACACUGGAGCUGCUUGGACAUGGGCGACCUCACCCACAUCAUUGUGGAGCACGACGGAAAAGGGCUACAGCUCCAGCUGGCUGCUGGACCGUUCCAGAUGUUCCAUAUGAGAUUAAGGUUUUCACCACUGACUCUUUGCCGGCGGGGACGGAUGCAGAUGUGUUUAUUGUUCUGUAUGGUUGUAAUGGUGUGUGCACCCACCAGAAGGCUCUAUGUGUCAACAAGAGAGAGAGGAAAAUGUACUUCAAAAGAGGUGGAGAGGACAUGUUCAUUGUAGAGCUGGAGGAUAUCGGUGAUAUUAUAGAGAAGAUUCGCGUUGGUCAUGACAACCGUGGAGUGAAUCCAGGCUGGCACCUGGACCGCAUUGAGAUCAGAAGAUUACUGAGGAAGGGAAAGGGUUCAGAGACAUUAAUAUUUCCAUGUGAGAGAUGGCUGGCCACCUCAGAAGAUGACGGGGAGACGGUUCGUGAGUUGGUGCCCUCUGACAUCAUCACAGAGAAACUCGCACGAGAUGGAACCCUCAGAGUCUCAGAGAUUGAGGUGGACGAUGCUCUAGAGACUCACGAAUAUAAAGUGAUCGUGAGAACAGGGGAGAUGUAUGGGGCAGGGACGGAUGCCAAUGUGUUCCUCACCAUCUAUGGAGAUCUGGGGGACACGGGGGAGCGCAAACUCAGCCAAUCAGCGACUAACAGCAACAAGUUCGAGAGAGGAGCGGUGGAUGAGUUUACCUUAGAGGCUGUAGACCUUGGACAGGUGUUUAAGAUCCGCAUUCGCCAUGACAACAGCUUGCUGAGUCCUGACUGGUACUUGGAGGACCUGGAAGUGAUCGACUUGGAAACGGAGGAGGACUUCCUCUUCGUGUGUGAACGCUGGCUGUCCAGAAAGAGAGAGGACAUGAGAUGCUGCAGAGUGAUCUAUGAAAAGAGUUAUGAGGGUUCCAGGGAUAACAGUGGCAAAGGGGGACUGGACAGCAACAUGAACCAGAGGGACAAAGACAGCAGAGACGAGGAAGACAAUUCAUUGAUCCCUUACCACUUCACCGUGACGACCAGUGAUGAGCCUGACGCAGGGACCACCAGCCGUGCGUACGUCAUCAUCCAUGGACGAGAGGAAGCCACAGAGCGAAUGUGGCUGGACCUGCCCGAAGAAAAAAGCGGGUUCUUGCCUGAAGCUCUGGACAGCUUUCAUUGCCAUGGCAGUGAUGUGGGAGACAUCAAGAGAGUGGAGCUGGGUCACGAUGGAGAAACUCCCGAGAGCUGCUGGCUGGUGCAUGAGUUGUCAGUUGCCGUGCCAACGAAAGGGGUGAAGUUUGUAUUCCGCUGUAAGUGCUGGUUGGCCAAAGACCGUGGUGACGGUCUCACUACUCGUGUGCUCAACGUCAUGGAUGCUGAUGUCAUCACCAUUACACUGAAGGUCAUCUAUGAGAUAACCGUGGUGACAGGUGAUGUACAGAACGCAGGAACAGACACACACAUUUACUUGACUGUGUUUGGGGCCAAUGGAAGUUCUGAUGAGAAACUGCUGCCAAAGAACGAGGACAGAUUCGAGCGGGGACAGGUGGACACGUUCACUCUCGAGGUUGAAGACAUCGCUCCACUGAAAAAGAUGAGGGUCCGAGUGGAUGGCUCUGGCAGCCGGCCCGACUGGUUCCUGGAGAAGAUUGCCCUGCGUAACUUGCAAAAUGACGAGGUGGCAGAGUUCACAUAUUCUGAGUGGUUUUCAACCACCCUGGGCUCCAAGAAAAAGCUGAGCUGUGAGAUGCCUGCUGUCAUAGACGAGGAAGAAAUGGUGGACCUGACCAACUACAUCAUAAAUGUCAAGACAGGCGACAAGAUGGGCGCGGGGACAGAUGCCAAUAUAUGGCUAAUAGUGUUUGGUGAGUUCGGAGACACAGGAACUCUGGCACUCAAACACUCCAACAACAACAACAAGUUUGAACGCAAAACGAUGGACACCUUCAACUUCCCAGACAAGCUCAGCUUGGGAGACCUCUCCAAAAUCCGGUUAUGGCAUGACAACGCAGGCCCAGCUCCUGGCUGGUAUGUUGACUACGUGGAUGUGCGAGAUGACGUCCUUGAUAAAACAUUCCGUUUUCCGUGCAACCGGUGGCUUGCCAAGAAAGAGGAUGACGGACAGCUGAUCCGAGAGCUGGGCUGUGCCAACAACGACAUUCUUGACCUCAAUGAGAAAACCAAAUAUGAAAUCGUCACGGUGACCGCAGAUACAGAUGAGGCAGAGACGCGUGAGAAUGUGUGGAUGAUCCUGGAGGGAAGAAAGGGACGAUCCAAAGAGCUUGUUCUAGAAAAUUCAGCAAAGAAAAAGCGUUUCUUACGUGGCAGCACAGACAGGUUUGAGUUCUCCUCUAAGAAUGUGGGUGACAUCGCGGGUAUCUGUGUCGGCCACAUUCCUAAAGAUGGGAAGAAGUCAAAAACUGAAGCCUUCUGGCACGUGUUGGAAGUCAUCAUCACAGAGAAGGAGUUGAAAAACAAGUAUAUAUUCAACUGUAACGGUCAGAUUCCCCUCUCCUCCAAACGUGACGACCCUUUGACAUUCGAGUGCGCCAAGAUUGUGGAGAGCUUUGCCUCGAAAGCCCGCAGCCUCAUCCCAGUCAGGUACGAGAUCAUUGUGAUGACAGCCGACGAGAAGGAGGCGGGCACGGACGCCAACGUCUUCAUCACGCUCUUCGGCUCCAACGGGGACUCGGGCCGCCGGGCCCUCCGACAGCGCAUGCGGAACCUCUUCGAGCGCGGCCGGACCGAGCACUUCACACUGGAGUGCUUGGACAUGGGCGACCUCACCCACAUCAUUGUGGAGCACGACGAAAAGGGCUACAGCUCCAGCUGGCUGCUGGACCGUGUGGAGGUCACCAACACCUCCAACGCCGUCACUACCAGCUUCCUGUGCGGGAUGUGGCUGGACAAGAAUCGGGCGGACGGACAGACACGCAGAGUGCUCUACCCCAAAUACUGA